UUUCAGUGAGAUGCAAGGAAGGAGACCUAAACUUGGCCCAAUUAUCUUAAAAUGUCGCAUGAAAUGUCAUAUCUAGGCAACCGAGCCUUUAACCACGAUCACAGCCAAGAUGUAGAGGCCGAGUACGACCGUUUGCGCGAUGCUGCUCGACGUGAAGCUGCACAAAGGGGCUCCUGCUUUGAGAGGUCUCGUCAGGCAUACGAGAAUGGCGAUGGUCAACUCGCAAAAGAACUUUCUGAACAGGGCAAAGCACACGGCAGGAGGAUGGAGGAAUAUAACAAGCAGGCCUCUGAGUUUAUAUUCAGGGAGAAUAAUGCGCCUGGCCGCGUUUCUUCUGAUACCAUUGAUCUGCAUGGUCAGUUUGUGGAGGAGGCAGAGGAUAUUUUGGAAGAGAGGAUAAAAUAUGCACAGCGGCAUGGCCAGACGCAUCUCCAUGUGAUUGUCGGGAAGGGUAACCACUCCGUUAACAACGUGCAAAAGCUCAAGCCUCGAGUGGAGCAGGUUUGCCGCAGUUUAGGCCUGCAGUAUACGACAGAGGAUAACGCCGGACGAAUCUACGUCAAUUUAAUGGGUGGCCCAGCGCAUUUGCCCGCAACCCAACCCCAUCACGCGCCUCCUCAUCAGCAACAACAGCAACAACAUGAUCAACGACCUGACGAGAUCCAGCAAGUGGCGAAUACAGUCGUUCCUCGCUUCAUGCGGAGACUAGAGAAGGCCUGUUGCAUAGUUAUGUGAAUCUAGUUGGCUGGCUUGAUACUGCUUUCUUUGCAAUUGUCAUAUUGUUUUUACCUCUAGAUAUCUUCUUUGGCACAUAGGGUGUGAUACGGGGAUUUAUAACGGUCGGUUGAUACCCUGAUAUGUUGAAUAUGUCUCAAAUAAAUAGACAACACUUAGAUAUAGAUCCUUUUCGCUCGUCCAUGCGCUGCCUAAUCUCCUAGAUUCGUUGUCUCUACUUUUACACUUUAGAGUAUUAAAGUUGUCAGCAACUUCAACCUUCCGAGGUAACUCAAACCGCCAUUCUCGAUAUGACUUGUAUUGAUGAAGAUAUAAUCUAAUCAACGUAUAUAUAUCAAUAUUAGCUCCCAGUGAAGCGGUGAUCUCAUAAACAUGAAAUAUAGUCAUUACAUUAAUAUUUUAUAUUCUCGG